CCCAAUUCCGGAUGUGAGCUAGGCGGCGACCUAAUCUUGCACCAUCACUGCAUGGGCUGGGUGUCGCGCUCGUUGGUCUCGCGGGUCCGCUUCAACUUGAUGCUCCAGUGAGGGUGGGGGCUACCGUGCACCGCACAAAAGUGUCACGCCGGUCGAACGAGCAGCGAAGCCGAUCUGCUUCCUCGGAUGCUCAGCUGAGCUGUGAGCGGCGCUGCGGGCGUUACAUGCAGUAAUGAGCAUUUGCCUGUAGGGAGUCAUCGCAGACAUCGCAGACAUCGCAGACAUCGCAGGCCUUGCAGAGAUCGCAAAAGGCUGGGCGAGGAGCGUGAGCCCAUUGGUGAUUGUGAGCAGCAUGCAGCCUGCAGCCAGCCAUGACAAUCCCCCAUCUGGCGCAUUCCUUGCGCUGUUACAUGCCCUCAUUUCGCUUCGUCUUUUGCUUCCUUCCUUGUCAUCAUCUCUCCAACAAUUCUCCAUCCGCUCCGCAUCAUCAUCUCCUUUCUCGCCAUCGCGCGCUGAUCGCUGACCCGUGUCUCACUCUUGGCUUUGCGCGUACGACAUCCGAUUCACCCCGACCAAAAUUGGCUCCUCUUGACCAGCACAAGCCCUCGCGAUUAGGUCCGCGCAAGCGUCAUUCACCUGACCCAAACGCUCGACCCUCCCUCCCUCCCUCCCUCUCUCCCCGUCAUAUUCCUCUCACACCCAUCAGCACACUCCAUCAUGGCGUCCCCCGCACCAGUCGCGUCCCCACGGACGGAGCACAAGACAGUGGCCGAGCCAGCCAAGGUGCGCUACAACCCAUCCAACAGUGUCUGUUCACCUCGCGUCCUCAGGGAACGUCAUAAGACACCCUUACCAUCCCACCUAUGACGCCGCGUUCGGUGUCUGCGCAACGCUAGGCGCCUCUGGCCGCUGUGCGGCCCGUCGUCGAAGCGUGGCGUCGUCCCAUUUCUUCUACAUUGCACCCCGAGUGAAUGCUGACCUGUCCCCACUUUCGCCAUCAAACUCUCCGCCGAUGUCACUGUGUUCCCUUGCGUCAUCCAAUCUACAGGCAUCCACAUCCGCGUCUGAUGUUACCACAACCCCGAGCUCGUCUUCCGCCGCCGCCCCAGAGGCAUCUGUGAGCACUCCAGCUCCCGAGGUCGCCUCCAAGAAGGAGGCCGACUCGGCUGAACCCGCUC